UUGUUGCUACUCUCCUGCCUGCGGACGCAGCCAUUAUUAUUGCGGUGUAGCUACUAGCCUAUUGAAGGAGUUCAAAUCCCGAUCUUUUUUGUCCAUUAAGUGAAGCCUACUUCUUCAUUUACAGGUGUCUGUGGGCCUAGGUGACGAAGAAAAGUGAUCGUAGAGGGUGGUGAGCUUUGUGGGCUGAAAGACCUCCCUCAACAUAGACCCUUCAGCCCAAAAGAAGGUUUCAGAAUUAGAAGUGAGCAAAAGAACAAGAUGAAGUUCUCUCUGUUUUCUGCCGUUCUUUUCUCUAUAGCAUGGAUGAGUGUUGUAGGAACAGGUGAUGGUCAUCCGGUAGCGUGCUGUUAUCCGACGGACAUCAAACCACCAGUUGAAAACAUUGUGAAAUAUGACAUGCAGGAUCCAGCAUUGUGUGGUAUCAGAGCUGUAAGAUUCUACACCAAGAAAAACAAAGUGGUUUGUUCAGAUCCAGAGAGCAAGUAUGCUAAGAAAGCAAUGUGUAUAGUGGAUAGAAGAACGACAACAACACCUACUAUAUGCUAUACCAGUACAACAGACACGAUCCCAACUGUAGGCCUAACUACAACAAACAAAACACCGGGAAAAAAGACUGAGACCAGCACGAGUACAACAACAUCACGAAUAGUGCCGACAAUCGAAACAUUUAGACCAGAGACUGAGACAACCAAAACAACCAACCGACCGACUUCAGUGUCCAAAAAAACCCCAGAAUCUUCUUUGAGUACUGUGACAACAUGUGGGACAGGUGGACCAACUUCGCCACCAACAGAAACCAGACGCGAAACACCUGAAAUACAUCUGAACACCCUUAAAACAACGCACAACACAGGAACAAUCUCUGGAGUUACCAACAAAACUUCACCCACGACGAAAAAACUGUCAAAGUUAAUUAUAAGAAAAAAGGGGAAAAGCAGGAAAAGACUUUCAAAAUUUCAGAUGGGUAUACAUAACAAGAAUAAACCUUGAAAAAACUGAACAAUCACACACAACAGUAAGUUUGAAUGUAGGACUACUCAUGAUUGUAAGUGGGUUGUUGAAUGAGGCACUACAGUAUUGUUUAGUCCUAGUCUAGGACUGAAAUUUGGUAUUGAAUUUUUAGUUGUGAAGGACAGAAAUGACAGUGUAAUUACAAAUGACAGUGUAAUUUAAAUAAUUUAAGUUUAUUAAUAAAUGAAUUAAAUAAAUAUUUGUAAAUACAAAUACAAUGUUGAUUCAUAACUUUAUUUCUAUUAAAAUAACCAAUAUAAA